ACGCGGCUGCACGGACCGCCAAUGCUGCUGCCUCCCGGAGCAGAGGGAGGCAGAAGAGAAGGGAGGGAGAAGAGGGGAAGGGAGGGGGAGGCGGCACUUGGGCUGCAGCUCGCAACCAGAGGCAGUCUCUCUCAGCUCUCGGAGGGACCGAGAGAGGCAACCGCGGAGUAGGAUGCUCUGCGGGGCGCCCAGAGCCGGGGGCGCUUGAAGCAGCUUCGGGGACUGGGGCAACCGGGCAGUUUUCACCAUGCAUCAGUCCCUGACUCAGCAGCGGUCCAGCGACAUGUCCCUGCCCGAUUCCAUGGGAGCAUUCAAUCGGAGGAAACGAAACUCCAUCUAUGUCACCGUGACUUUGCUUAUUGUGUCCGUGUUAAUUCUCACAGUGGGCCUUGCUGCAACCACCAGGACCCAGAAUGUGACUGUAGGAGGUUAUUACCCAGGAGUUAUUCUCGGCUUUGGAUCAUUCCUUGGAAUCAUCGGAUCAAACCUUAUUGAAAACAAAAGGCAGAUGCUGGUGGCUUCUAUCGUGUUUAUCAGCUUUGGUGUGAUUGCAGCUUUUUGUUGUGCCAUAGUUGACGGGGUCUUUGCUGCCAGACACAUUGAUCUGAAACCACUCUAUGCUAACCGGUGCCAUUAUGUUCCCAAGACAUCCCAGAAGGAAGCUGAGGAGGUCAUAAGUUCCUCAACCAAAAAUUCUCCUUCCACGAGGGUUAUGAGGAACCUUACCCAGGCAGCUAGAGAGGUUAACUGCCCUCACCUCAGCCGUGAAUUCUGCACACCUCGCAUCCGGGGCAACACCUGCUUCUGCUGUGACCUCUACAACUGUGGCAACCGGGUGGAGAUCACUGGUGGGUACUACGAAUACAUCGAUGUCAGCAGUUGCCAAGAUAUCAUCCACCUCUACCACCUGCUCUGGUCUGCCACCAUCCUCAACAUUGUUGGCCUGUUCCUGGGCAUCAUCACUGCCGCUGUCCUUGGAGGCUUUAAGGACAUGAACCCAACUCUCCCAGCACUGAACUGCUCUGUUGAAAAUACCCAUCCAACAGUUUCUUACUAUGCUCAUCCCCAAGUGACAUCCUACAAUACCUACUACCAUAGCCCUCCUCACCUGCCACCAUAUUCUGCUUAUGACUUUCAGCAUUCCAGUGUCUUUCCAUCCUCCCCUCCCUCUGGACUUUCUGAUGAGCCCCAGUCUGCCUCUCCCUCACCCAGCUACAUGUGGUCCUCAAGUGCACCGCCCCGUUACUCUCCACCCUACUAUCCACCUUUUGAAAAGCCACCACCUUACAGUCCCUAAAGAGGAAUGCCUGCUGGCUAUUGAGAUUAUUGUGGCUUUUGUAUUUCUGCUUCAGUGGAAGUGUGUAGGGUACAAAAUUUAAAGUGUGACUUUUAUGCAUAAAGUUUUACAAUGGCCUGCCAGGCUAGGGAAAGAUAGGGAUGAAGCUUAUUCAUUAUUAGUGCAGAGCAGGGGUGGCUAGGCUGAACCCAGCACAGAAGAAGGGCAGCUCACACUCUCUAAGCAAGGCUGGGGAGCCAGCCCAGCAAGAAGCUUGUCGUGUUUGGACCUGCAUUACCCUAUGCUCCACCUCUGUAUUCAGCAGAAGUGUGGCUGCCAUCUGUUUCACUUUAUGUAAAGAAGUGUUGUCCUCAGGCCCUUGGCAGAUUGCCACCCCAGCACCUAGGUUGAAGCACCCGGCUUAUAGGUCCUAUCUUUCCCUACCACUAAAGUCAGUCCCUAAGGACAAUUUCCCAGCUGAUGGGGCUACACAGUAGUUCCAAUACAGAGAGUUCUGGCUAAGAUUUUGUUUGCUUGUGUCUGGAUGUUGAAAAAGGCUGCCCAUAUCUCUUACUCCUUUCUUCUCUGUGAGUAUUGUAAAAAUGGCUGUUGUGAUCACUCAGCUCAGCUUUUGUUAUUGGUACCUCCUAAAGGGAAAAGUGCAAUAUUCUUGCAUCUUGAGUAGUGGGGAACAGGAUGUAUUGUUCCGGAAACACUGAAAUACACAGCAACAUGUGAGAUGCUUUAAGUAGAUCACUUAGGAGACAGUGGUUCUACUACAUGUUGCAUUAUUACAAAAUACAUUUGCUACAGGAGAUAUAAAUCUUAUGGUUGUAAUUAAGAGUUUAAAAAUGUUAUAAAUUAGGUUCUUGGGUCGUGAUAUGAAUUGUUACUAAUCUUUGUGACUAUUUAAUCUUCAAAUAUUGUGCUUAACCCCAGCAAUCCGCACGUAUCCUGCACCCCACCCCAAAAGACUGUAUUUUAAUACCACUGGUCUUACUGGUCCUUUUUUCUGUUGAGACCAGUCACGACAGCAUUCAAGAUUAUGAAAGUGUUACAAUGCCGCUUCAAGUCUGCAAAACCUCAAACAUAACCAACUUGACAAAUACUUAAGUGUUAUGGUAGAUUUAAAAUCCAUCUGGCACACCGUGGUAGAUUAUUUGUACAGUUCUUUUAAUUACACAUAGCUUUAAACCAUCAACCUGAUAAGUUUAAAACACUUUUGCACCCAUGCCUUCACUUCAGAAUGAACACCUUCAUUGUGAUCUUAUGCUAACCUGAGAAUUGAUUUAAAGGAAGAUUGAUAAUCCUAAACUUUAUAACGUAAAAAAUACAGGGGCUACAGGACGGUACCUAAUUAGACAGUUCUCCAAACACAGAACACACACUAGAAAAAUUUCCGGCCAAUAUUGCUACCUCCCAACUUAAUGGAUUAGAGGUAGCAGACAAAUGCUGGUGCUCCCAUCUACCUUGUAGACACCCAGCCAUCAAGAAUCAAGGCACAAGAAGUGCACUCUCUCAUUAUUAACAGUAAAUGUUUGCAAGAUAUCCAGUUUAACUUUCAGCAUCAUGAAUGUUGUCUUAUCCAGAUUUUGAAUCUGAAAAACUAUAAUCCUUUUGUGUUAUACAAAAUUACUAUGAUUUUUUACAGUUCUGAGCAUAUUAAAAUUCUACUGGAUUUCAAAGAGACUAAUACCCAAUUGACUUACUAAACAAAUACCAACUUGUAAUACUCAAUGAAUUUUUUUGCCAUUUACACUUGACCAUUUGCUUUAGUGAAUGUCUGUAUUUAAUUUUUUAAAGGCACCAUUACACAGUAUAUCCUACAUUUAUCACAUUUCUUAAAGUGUUAAGAUUCUAUGGCUCAUUUCUAUGUAUUUUUCUUACUUUACAAAAUAACCUGAAACAGUAUAGAUUUUGUAACACUUAAUUUGAGCAGCUUUUAUUACAUUGAAUUAUAUAAAGUGCAUGUUACCUUGGAAAAAUUAUUUGCUGCUUUACUCUUUUGCAAAACAUUUGCUGUAAUGAAGGGAUUUGUAUUUCCAAUAUGUAUCUUGACUGCAUUUUGUAAUAUUUACUGCUUUAUUCCUAAUUCUGCUUUAAAGUAUUGAACUGGGCAUGAAACAUUAAAAUAUUAAUCCAGAACCUGUAUAAACUGGAUGUUGCUUAAAAUCUGUAUCACUGCCAUGUUGAAAACUCAGACUGCUUUUGUGAUGUUUCAAAUGAAUAAAACUAUCCUCCUCCUUAUCCACUUGUGUCAAGGUAGCUAUAAAAGUACAGCAAAUGCUCUAAAGCAACUGACAGCAGCUGACUCACUUUUGACUAUUAGGGUUCAAGAUAAAAGGGGACAUGAUUAACCAACAUAUAAAACCUAAUGGGAAAUUCUGCCAUGCUGUCAUCAGAAAUACAGCU